AGGGCCAUCUGUUCCUGAGUGAGGGUGAAGCCCCACCCAGGCCCACUGCCCAGGGCAAGGAUCAGCACCCCUGCCCUGUCACUCCUCCUGGGCCUGAGAGCCUGCGCCUCUGCCAGGUAGAGCCACACCAGCCCCGCCUUUCAGGACGGUGUCCCGGGGGAGGGGCCUCCCCAGGCCGCCUCCCAUGAGCAGGACAGCCCAGGGGCCCCCCACCCCCAUUAGGACCUGAGAAGGGAAAGACUGUGGGUGCCUCUUAGGGGGCUUUUCUGUAAAAUGACCAGGCCUAGUGGGGGGGCGUGCAGGUCCCGGGUGAUCACAGGCCCCCUGUGCAGAGAGGACACCCAUGGGCCGGCUCACAGCCUCCCGGGAGGAAGUUACAGAGGGGCACAGAGUGCAGGCUGGAGCCCCCUUGGGGCACAGGGGUCCCCCAUGCUCACAGGUGGAUGGCUCCUUGGAGGGGCUGGAGAGCGGGCAGGCCUUUGCUGACUGGCAGUGGGACUGCCCAGGAGGCCCAGAGCUUCAUCCCUGGAUGUCCACCUGGGGGAGCAUCUGCAUUGCGGUGGGCCUGGCCGUCCACCUGGGGGAGCAUCUGCAUUGCCGUGGGCCUGGCCCCCACCAGGCGGGGGGGAGGAGCCGUGUCCACACAGCCAGGGGCUGCAGGAAGCCUCCCUGGGGCUCCAUCCUGGGUUCUGGGGACAGCCACCCGGGGAACUGCCUGUCUCCGUGGCCACAACAUUGAGAAGCUUUGGGGUUGCCACAGGCUUCCUGUGUGCACAGGGGACCCAGCUGUGGCAGGGAGGGUGCUGGCCCCCCAGAGCCACCUCUUCUCUGAUGCUCAGCAACUCCCCAGGGGGCUCGGCUGCCCCGGGUCCAUCUGUCUCUGAGCCUGUGUCUGCGGCCAGGGAAGGAUGCCUGGCCAGGCCGAAUCUGACCUCCUGGGGGGCAGUGCAGGGCAGGCCCUCAGCGUGAGUUCUGAUGGGAGGUGGGCAGGAAGGGCGUCGGCCGCAGCACUGGGGGGCAGUCUGAGGGUGCUCAGGAGAGCCAGCGGCCCACCCCUUCUUGCCCCCCGUGCACCCCACUGGCCAGGCUGGUAUGGACUUUUCCACUACAGCAGGGACAGGGACUGCCAAGGGCCUGGACUGUGCCCCUGUGGACACCUCCAUCCUCUCCAUCCCCUUGCGUGAAGAGAAGGGGACCCGGGUGGAGGUGGAGAGACCGGUUCAGGGUCCCCAUUGGCUUCAGGAACCACGAGGAAGGGAGAGGACGCUGUGCUGUCUGUGUGGGAGGCUGGGGCUGGAAGGGGCGAGGUGUGGGGCCCUCCAGUCUCUCAUGGGUCACCGUGGGUCCCUGGGGGACAGAGCAGACGGGAGGAGGUGCCCUGUCCCUUACUCCUGUGCUCACACCAGGCCAGGCUUCUCAUUUGGGGACGAAACAGAAAAUGCAGGGCCCUGUCCAACCAGGACAGCAGGUCUGGGCAGCCAGGCCCUAGAUGCCCCGCCCAGGCACAGACAGGGCCUCUCCAGCUUGUCCCCGCCUCUGAGGGACCACCCCCCAGGCCCUUGCAUCACCCCCCACCCUGAGGUGCAAACCAGAAACCAGGGUCAUUCCAGCCACCUUCACAUCCCUCCAGCCCCCCGUCCCCCCUCCUCCCAGUCCCCAGCCCACAGCCUCAGCCCUGCCACAUCCCUGGCAGCAAAACUCCACUCUGAAUUAGACCCUGUACCCCGACCUACAGCCCCCGGCCCCCACAGUUGGCAUGCCUCAUGCCCUUCCCCUGACCUUCAAGGCCCGUGCAGCCUGGCUCCUUGAGCCCUCAGCUUCGCUGGGCAUACCUCUACGGCCGGGCACCCCUAGGCCUAGGUACAGCUCUCAGGCCCCCAAAUAGUGGGGGUGGGACAGCUGGACUGGCUAGCCGGUGGCCUUAUCCAGGCCACAAAGCAGGGGCAUGGGGUGGGGGAACCCAAGGUACGCGUGCGGCAGGGGCAGGUGUCUGCAGUGGGGGCCCUGCACAGCCUCUCUGCAGCUUGUCUAUUUGAGCCCCUCACCCAGCCCUUACUGGAUCCAGGUCCUCACAUAAAAGGUCCAAACAAGGCCGAUUUUGGGGUCAUAGGCUCAGGCCAACCAGGCAGGUGGGGCAUGUCCCCUCCUCACCCCGGUAUGUCAACUGCUGUGGGGCCUCCCACACCCCAGGAGGCAAGCGUGGAGGGGGGUCAGGCAGCACAGCCCUGGGGUCAUGGCUGGCAGCUCAUUCCUUCCCUCAUCAAUUCAUUCACUCAGCACUAGGAGCACCCAGAGCUGAUGAGGUCAGAGGUCAGCAAGAGGAAGAUCCACCGCAGCCUCAGAAGGUGGACACACAGCAGGACCAAGGGGGCCUGAGGAGUGAUGUGGGCAGAGGUCCUGCGAGGCUUGGGCAGGGGAUCCCGGUAGGAGCCGCCACAGCGAGAUGGGACGGGGCGGCCAGGCUGCCCUGCGGGGCCCGGCUCUCACUGCUGGGCACAGGAGGGAUACGCCUGGCUGAGUCCACUGGACGUCCCGGCAGGGCCACCUCACGCCCAGAGGGCAACACCAAGCCCAUCGGAAGCCCAGGCUCAGAAGGAGAGGCAGAGACUGAAACCCAAGCCCACACCCCUCCCCAGAGCUCCUGCCACAGCCAAGGCCUCCCGCCCCAGCCUGGGGGAAACCAGUUUCUGCCCUGUGGGGAGGCCUCACCCUCGCACGCACGCCUGGUCCAACAGGAAAGAAUUGCAGCCCCAGACGUGUCCCCAGCCUCGCUGUGUCAGUGUCCCUGGCUGGCAGGGGGUGGGGCAGCAGAGUGGUCAGCAGGUCACCCACACGGGGCCGGCAGGAAUGGAGACUCGGCUCCAAAUGAGCCCCCGAGGCCAUCCCCCACUGGCUGUUUCUGUGUGCCCUGGCAGUGCUCGCGGAUCUGAAGCCAGUUCUGUCCUCAGUCCUGGGGUGGGGGACGUGGGCCUGGGGUGCAGUCCUCUCCUCUGCUCAUCCAGCUGAGCACAACUUUGUGUCCAGCCCAGGACUCCCAGCCCCACAUCUAAGAGCCACGACUGGACAGGGGGUGGUCACUGAGGGCCUUGUCCUCUCCCCAGUCCAGUGAGUCCAGGGGUGUGGGUCACAUGCUGGCAGCCGUGUCCCCAUCACAUGCAGGGAUACACACACCCCCUCAUGUGCAGACACUUGUGCUCACACACUCCACCAGGUUAACGUGGUGGUGCACACAUACCCACCCACUCAAACAAAGGACACGAACAGCCCACGUGCUCCCAGAGCACUGCUGCCUGUCGGUGGGAUGGAGGGUGAGCAGGUGCCUGGGGACCAGGUGGACCAGCCAGGUCCUGAGCACACUGAGAUCCCAGCCCUGGGUUCCGGGCCUGCGUCCCAUGCAGUGAGGCCUGGCACUCCCCAGACUGCUCACUCCCCAGGCCUCCCUGUCCCCUUGGGUCUGGGCAAUGCUCUCAGAGGAGCUUGGAGUGACCUCAGAGCUCAGAUAUUCCCAGGAGUCCUUGGGAGGUGUUCUCAGAGCAAAGGAACCAAGGACACUUCCUGGAGACAGCAUGUGACCCCGAGUCACAAUCCCCAUGGGAACUAGUCCCAUCAUGCACAGGCUGGGCCAGGCCUCACAGCAGCUCCCCACACUGAACCCCUACUCUCUGUCUCAAUGCUCACCCCCUCUCUGGGCCCCCACCCUCUCGGCAAGCCCCUCAUGAGACUUCUCCCCCUCAUGGAACAGCUGGGAACCCUUGCCCCUUCUGGAGCCCAGGUCCCCCUUUCUUCUGCAGCCACCCCACAUCCCACCUUCCACGUGGGUCUCGGCCACCUCUUGUCUCCUUCCUUGGCCUGGCCACCCCUCCCCUUCUCACUGUGGCCGGCUCCCCCUGGGGUCCCAAGUCCAGGCAGCCUGCUCGGUGCGCCUCCCUCCUAAUGCUGCUGUAGUGCCCUCCUCUUACUGACCUCUGACCUCUGUUGGCUCUUGGUGCUUCUCCGAGUGCUGUUGGGGCUGGGCAGCCUCUGAAGUUCCCAGCCACUCGCUGAGGUGGUCAAUGGGUGCCUGCCUGCCUGCCAGGUGGGUGGGUGUGGCCUGAGGCCAGCCUGGGGUGGGGGCCAAUCCCCCACUAGAGUGGGCCCCUGCUCCCAGCCUCACCAGGCCUGACAUGCCCUCCCCACAUCUCAGGUUUGGGUGCCAUCUCAGGUCCAGGGCCCCAGCUGAGCAGCAGGGGAACCACACCCCUACUCCAACUCAGAUGUGCACUGAGGUGUGCUGUGCACUGCCAGGGAGCAGAGAACCCUUGGGGAGUUGGGGAGAGCCUGCGUGGCCGCAGGGACCAGGAGGGGGUGUCAGGUCGGGGAGCCUCAGGAACACCUUGGGCACAGGUGGUAAGGGGGCUGCAGUCCCUGCCUUGACUAGGUUCAGCCCCUCCACCCUGGCCCCCAGGCCCUCCAUCCCUGCCCUCCCCUCCAGCCUCAGCCCCCAGCCAGGCCUUUGCACAGGUCACUCUGGGGUCUGCUAGGCCCCAAUGCUGAGUAACUGAACUGCUCCCCCUUCCCCCCAGGAAGAUUUCCAGAGCCCCUGGCUGGGGGGGGGUGGGGGCUUCCUCAGGCUCCAGGGUCCUUGCCCUACGUGUGUAACCGAGGGUGGCCCCAGUAGACACCUGAAACAAGUUCCUGUGGCCAGCCUGGCCCCUGACUCAUCUUCAUCCCUGACCUCUAACCCCACUCCCUGGACCCAGAGCAGGGGGAGGGGCAGGGGCAGCAGAAGUGCAAGCUUGGAGGGCCGUGCGUGUGGACAGUGGGAUGGCACAUGUGUGUGGGCACGGAGGUAGGGGGCAGGAACAGGGCUGUUGGGGUGGGAUCAGUGAGAGCAGAGGUUGGGGGGGUGACAGGCUGAGCUGAGACUGGGGGGGCUCCUCGGAGGGGCCCCUCUGGAGGCCCCCCCAGGAGCUCCUGUGCCACCAGGACCUUCCCUGAACUGGGUUGGUAAGUGGGUCUGUUUCCAGAGGGGCUGCUCUAGCAUCCCAGGGCUGCGGGGGCAGGUGUUAUCCAGACAUCCAACUCCCCCAGAUCUGCCCAGGCUGUGGAGGCCUACACUGACCCCAGCCCACCCCAGGCUCUGACCUCUCACCUCUGGGUCUCCAUUCCCCGGGUAUCCACUGCCCAGCCUGCUGGGGAAAGGACAGGAGGCCAACCAAUCCCAGAGGCCCCAGGCCACGCCCCUGGCCAGCACGCCCCCGUGAGCAUAUAAAUACACCUGCCGGUAGCCCAGCCCAGAGAACUCAGACCUGCCUGGGACAGCGCUUCGCACCUGGAAGAGCACACACAUCCCCUGUGCCCCACCUGCCUGGACAGAGCAGAGGGUGCACCUGCCAGACCAGUGCCAUCAGGACAGCUGCUGGCAGCCAGCUCCGCAGAGGGACACCUUCCAGGUGGAGCACAGGCCGGCCGGCCCAGAGAAGGAGGGGGCACUGCUGGAGCAGGAGAGCUCAGGGCUUUGGAUCCUGGCUGUGGCCAGCCGAGAGGAUCAUGCCCAGGCCCCGCUGACCCCUGGCUACCAGCUCAGAGCCAUGUCAUCAGGCCAGCAGGUGUGGCACACAGCCACGCCACGCCACAGCCGGAGCAGUCCCACAGCCACAGUGCCCAGGACCCCCAGCUCAGCCAGCAGUCCCAGGUCACCCAGCUCAGCCAGCGGCCCCAGGUCCCCCAGCACCCCUGGCUCAGAGAAGGUGGCCUCCCCACUAGAGUGCUCCAUCUGCUUCUCUGGCUAUGACAACAUCUUCAAGACACCCAAGGAGCUGUCCUGCACCCACGUCUUCUGCCUGGAGUGCCUGGCACGGCUGGCAGCCGCCCAGCCAAUGGGCCAGCCUGGUGGUGAGGCUGUGCCCUGCCCAUUCUGCCGGCAGCCCACGGCUGUGCCCGCUGCCGGGGCCCCCGCGCUGCGCACCAGCCGCCAGCUGCAGGCCAGGAUGCCGGCGCACCUGCAGCAUGAGGAGCCUGUGUGGCUGGAAGGCACCAGGCUGUGCUGCUGCCCCCCGCCCGCUGCGCCUGGCCUCACAGCACCCGGGUUCAUGUGCGUGGACGUGGGCCUGAGGAAGCCCGCUGAGCCCGCUGCGCCCCCACCCACCCUGGGCCCCACCCGCCCCCAGGGCCGCCUGGCCCACUGCUGGGCGCGCUGCCGGGCCUGGAGGCGUGUGGCACUUGUCACGGCCCUGCUGCUCCUGCUCUUCUGCGUGGUGCUCUGGCCCGUGCAGUGUGCGCUCAAGACCGGGAACCUGCGCUGCCUCCCCCGGGCCCCCACCACUGCUGCCACCGCCGCUGCCUUCUCCCUCGGGCCUCUGGCCGACAACUAGGGCCAGCCACCCUGCCCAGCCUCAUGGGUGGAGCCCACGCUGGCGUUACAGGGUGCAGCAGCUGUUGGCAGUUGGUCACCAGGAGCCAGAGGAACCCCAGCAUCUCUGAGGACCCCAGAUUCCAUUCAUCCCCCUGCCCCCCCUCUCUGGGGCUGGGUCCUGAUGGGGUGGACAGAAGGGCCCCCAAAGCCUCCAAAAAUCACAGGCUCCCAUGGGCCCCAGAGACCCCCGACCCCCUUCAUACAGAUGGGGAAACUGAGAUCCAGGAGAGAGUCUGCCGAGGCCCCUCCUUGUACAAUCGCCUGCAGGUGCAGCUCCUUACUGAGAAGGGAGGGGUUCACCAUCCACCCAUGGCUCCUUCCCAUACCCCUUCCCUGGACAGGGCUGGCCCCUGCCCCUGGGUGGGUGCAGACCCUGCCCUCUGGCCACGGAGUCCACCCCUCAGUGCCCAUCCCACUCUCCUGAACUGUACAUUUUUAAAUAAAUUAUUUUGUAUCCA